ACGCGGAUUACAAACACGGAAAUAGAGACGGGGGACGUCAGCCGUUAGAUUUCUUGAAGUGUUUGUUUACGUUGUUCAGUUUAAACUGAAGUUUAAUCGCUGAUUUUAAAAUCCCAGAUUAACAAACACUGUUUCUCUUUCGUUCUAUGGAUUUUCUGCAGUUUCUAUCAUGGUGCUGCAUCGUGUUUACGGUCGGAAUGUUCUCCACGGGACUAACCGACCUGAAGAAAAUGAGAGCCUCUCAGAGUGCAGAUAACGUCCAGUUCCUGCCCUUUCUUACCACAUGCUUAAAUAAUCUAGGUUGGCUGUACUAUGGUGUACUAAAACGGGAUGGGACGUUGUUACUUGUUAACACCAUCGGAGCCUCCCUGCAGAUCCUGUACAUCAUCGUUUACUUCCAUUAUGCCAAAGAAAGGAGGCGAGUGUUUCUGCAGACGCUGGUGAUGGGAUGUGUACUCUGUGUGGCCUGGGUUUAUUUCAGCAUGAUUCUUCCUCCGGGAGAGACUCAGCUUUCGCAGCUCGGCCUCUUCUGCAGCGUCUUCACCGUCAGCAUGUACUUGUCGCCACUCGCCGACCUGUUGGAUAUUGUGCGCACUCGUUCAGUCGAGCGCUUGUCCUUCUCCCUCACUGUGGCUACAUUCCUCACUUCAGCCUCCUGGACACUGUAUGGCCUUCAACUGAACGAUUAUUACAUUAUGGUGCCCAACACUCCAGGCAUCGUAACUAGCCUCAUCCGAUUCUUCCUCUUCUGGCAGUUCGGAGCUGUCAAUCAAGACAAGCCAUCUUAUAAACUCAUCCAGACCUGAGGAAAUCUGAUUAAGUCACUAAGUGCCUACCCCUUGGUUCCUGCCCUGAUAUAUACCACUUCCCGAAACCCCUUUUGCCCUAAUUUGGGCUUUUAAAUUAGUCAAGACUGUCCUUAUACUCAACCAGAAAUUCAACCAUAUAUGAGGUAUGCCACACAGGGCAUGUUCUGUUGGCUUAAAUUUUGCUAUGUAGUCCAGCUGUUACUGCCACUUUCAACGCCGCCACUUACAGAUGCCAGUUUCCCCCCUUUCUACAUGUGUACGCUUGAACAAAACCCACCAUUGUUCAAGCAGCUCGUUCCAAACCAUCCAGAGAGCAGCCUGCUCCAUCCCUUAGCUCAUUAUCUCCUUGAAGGAGAGAGAAAAAAGAAAGCUGGGGUUUACGUGCACAGCCAGCUUUUUGGCAGCAAGACCUGAAAUGUUGAGCUAUUUGCUACGCAAACAGGUCAUGGCUCUUUAUUCUUUUUAUUGUAACUGUCGAAGCAUGAGAUUCAUACUUUCCAUGUGAAUGCCUUACUGUGAGUUGGUGGAGAUUGUGAGGGGUUGACCCAUAGAACUUCUUAAGAAUGAAUGUACUGUACUGUAAUCAUUUUGAAGUUGAUCUUGGAGCUGGGGGUGUAACCUGGGAUUCAGAGCUCCUGCUUGGCAGGCUCUUCUCAGACACACCCCUCAACUUGAAAUAACUUAUCAGGUGUGUUUGGUUUGCGCUGGAGCAAACAAGGACACACCCAGUGGAGAUGUAGAUGGGGCUCAGAUCAUGCUUUUGUACCUGGCCUUGCACACGUGCAUUUAUCAAGCACACCCACCAUAUAAGUGCACUUUGUAGGUUUGCAUUUACAGACUGUAGCCCACAGUUUAUCAGCCCCCAUCCAUCAAAAAGGUGCAAACUGACCACAUAUUACUUAGGUGGUGGAACAUUUUCAGCAUAGCAGUUCCAUUAUAAACCUACAAAGUGUACCUACAGUGCCAUGCAAAAAUCACAUAUAUUUUAUUGAUUUCAUUUCCAGACAAAACAGCCUCUAAGUACAAGUUAUUCAUGUAUCAGCAUAAGAAAACAAAACUAAACUAAAUAUAAUUUCCGUUUUUCAGUAUUUAGUGUGUCCGUCCUUUGAUAUUUAUUAGCUUCCAUUCUUUUCGGGACUCGCGUUUUCAGUGGUUCAAAGAAAUCGGCACAGAUAUUUUUCCACACCUCCACAGUUCAGUCUUAAAAGUUGGUUGAAUUUUCUGUUUCUUAUGAUUCCAAGUAAUCCCAAACACAUUCAGUGAUGCUGAGGUCUGGACUCUGGAGUGGUCAGUCCAUUGUUCUGAGAACACCAGCAACAUCUCUGUUCGACUUGCAAAUUCUGCGAAGACUUGCAAACAGCAUUGUCCUCUUACAGUGGAAGGAUGGACAGAAACGCCUAUAGAUUUUUCAGAUCUGAAGCAGCUUAAUUUUCUCCUCUCUCUCAACGUUGAAAGUUUUGGUGGUCUGCCAGGUUUUCUCUGUAUCUUUUAAGCAUUUCUUUUUUACUUUUUGAGUUUCGGAAACUCUUGUUUCUCACAUAUUCUCCUUUAUCCUUUAUGCAAAUGUAUUAUUUUGGAGCCGAUCUCCUCAGAAAUAUCACCUGAAAAAUUAAUAGCUUGUACUUAAUGGCUAUUUUGAUCUCAAAUAAAUGAAGGGUGGUCCCUGACUUUUUCAGACUACUGUAUAUGGUAGGUGUACCUGAUAAAGUGAGCAGUGAGUGUAGAUACAAGGUAGGGGUAGCUAUAAACUUAAAACUUGCUGUGCACUUCCCUUCAACAUUGGGAAAGUAGUUUAAGAUCUUGCACGCAGUUUGAUGAUAUCAACUUGACACGUAACAUUGUUAACUAUCAUGAGGGAUAAAACCUGUUUUUCGUUGUAGUUAAUCAAAUACACAUCUCCUGAUAUAGAUAACAUGGAUGGAUUUUUUUAAAAAUUGCAGUCAGACUACUUUCUAAACCAAUAUGUCAUCUUUUUAAUAGAUGUCUACUUGGUGGGACCUUUCCAGACUGUGGAAAGUGUCUAAAAUCAUACUCAAAAAUGGAGGAGCAGGUUUUACCUGCUCUAAUUCUAGACCUCAGUGUACUCCCUGUGCUUAGUAAGUUAUUGGAGAAGAUCAAAUGUUAAUUUGUUUCAGUAGAAGUGGCCUAUUUACAAAUGUACAGCAUGCAUGUAGACCAGGGCACUCUACUAGCCCUGCAUUAGUACACAUGACUGAUCAAUGUUAACAUGUGUUGAGGAUACAAAACUAGUUGGAGCUGUGCUGUUGACUUUUACUGCGGCUUUUGAUGUCAUUGAUCAUGGUACUCUUAUUGCUAAGCUUGAAUGUUAUGGCUUUUCACCUUUAGCUCUUGAUUGGAUCUUGAGUGACCUUUUUGGCAGAACACAGUGUGUAUUUUUCAAUGGACGUUUUUCUGACAGUAAAAAAGUACUUUGUGGUGUCCCAUAUGGGUGCGGUUUAGGUCCACUUUUAUUUUCAAUUUUCUUAAUUGUUUGCUACAUAUCAUUAAAAAUUGGUGCAGUGGGUAGCACUGUCACCUCAGAGUACGAAGGGCCUGGGUUCGAUUCCCCAGCCGGGUGACAAGGGACCUUUCUGUGUGGAGUUCGUGUGGUUUUCCUCUGGGUGUUCCAGUUUCCUCCCGCAGUCCAAAGACAUGCUGUCAGGCCAAUUGGAGAUGCAAAAUCGCCCCUAUGUGUGAAUGUAUAUGUCUGCCCUGUGAUAGACUGGUGGCUUGUCCAGGGUGUUUCCUGCCUUCCGCCUGACCAGCAACCCAGGAGGAUAAGCAACUUAGGGAAUGUGUGUUACCAACUUUAGUGGAGUUGACAGAUAAUCUAAAUGUUGAAUUGCGAAUAUACAAAUUAGUACUAAAUAUUGCUAAAAACCAAAUGCAUUGUAGGAAUAGUAGGAAUGUUCAUGUUAUCUCUAACUUGUCUGUAAAUGGGAAAUCAGUUGAGCAGGUCACCAAGACCAAAUUACUGGGUGUUAAAUUAGCUAAUUUAUUAUCUUGGUCUGAUCACAUCAACCACAUUGUUUCAGUGAUGGAAAAGGGAAUUGCAAUCGCUAGGAAAUGCAUAUGUUCCAUCUUCUGUUACAAUUGCUGUAGUUCGGUCACUUUUUUUGUCACAUCUGUAGUACUGCCCAGUGGUUGGGUCAAGUGUUGCCAAGUUAUACAGAACAGAGUUAUAUAUGUAUAAUGUUCUUUGGAAUAAUACACCACAUUUCUUUUGUGACAAACUAGUAGUUUUCAGGUUUUUGUUAUGAGUAUAAUAGACAUCAAGUGAGUUCUGGUCACUUGGUGGUGCCAAGUGACUAUCUUGUAUGAAAGAACUGGUCUUUGUAGGACUUCUUUAGCUUAGAACAUGCUCCCCAUUAACACCAGACAGAUCAUAAGCAGAUUUUCUUUUAAAAAGUUACUAAGACAUAAUAUGAUGAACCCUUAUAUAGAUGUUAUUGUGGUAUUGUUUUUAUUGUUGUUUUUGGGACAUUUUUGUUAAGGCUUCAAGUAUAGGUUUUUAUUGUUCGUCGUUUCUUUUGUUGAGUAUUAGACUUACUGUGAGUUUUGUUUGUUUUUCUUUUUAAUUUAUGAUACAGGAUGAUGUUUAAGAGGUUUGUUUUAUUUUUAUUGUAAUUGUUCUUGUGUGGACCCCAGGAAGACUAGCAACCACUUUGCGGAAGCUAAGGGGGAUCCAAGAAAAAUGGGUUGCCCAGUGCCUGGUUGAUUAAAGUCUAAUCAACCAGGCAUUGCGCAACCCAUCUGUGUUGUUUUCAAAGUAGGCUCAUUCAAAUGUUGUUGAUUGAGACUUACAAAAACGCUAUUGGACUGUGUAUUCAUCAUUCCCUUUUGCUUGGAUGGCAAAUAGCAAAUUUGCACAGAUGCCUGCUCAAUCAGAGCCCCUGGCUGAGUAUCUCAACUUGGACGCAUCCUCCCUUCCACCCACAGACUCCAGUGAAGCCACAUUUGCAAAGGCACUUGCCUGCACUUUUAGAAAAGGUGCCAUUCUUUGGACUGAUGCCAUAGAAGAACCACUUUUAGUCCCCAGAAGACUUUUCAAUAGAUUGUUCUUUAAAGAACCCACUCUGAAGGGUGUGAAGAGUGUGAGGAACCUCCAUGUAAUGUAACAGUUCCACACCAGGAAUGGUGUUUCAUAGAACUGUGCGCCCAAGUGUCCAAGCCAAGAACCAUUUAGGAACCUACUUUUAAGGGUGUGGGACAUCUGGCAGGAGAUAGUAGAAUGACCUCUUAGCCUCCUCCACUCAGAACCUCCCAAAGAAAUGCAGUAAUGCAGGGAGGUGCAUGGAAUCUGCACCUCGACAGGCUCUGUUAGGCAAGGGCCAAUCGAGGCCAGAUGUACCCCUUGCGAAAAUGAAAUGGAAACUGCUUGCAGCAGAUUCUUUGAAAGGAGUCUUUAGCAGAACGAGGAGUGAAAAAAACAACUGAUUCAUGAGACGGAGAGAAAGUACAGAUGGAAUCCUUGGCAUAUUCAUUCUGCCCAUCUGGCCAAGUCCUGCAAGACCUGCAAAAUGUGAGUCAUUGUCGCGUCAGUCACUCUAACGCCCAUAUUUACUGGGACACAUAUAGAAGUCCAAUAUGGUGAAGAGCGGUUGGUGUACGACCGACAUCUUGUUUGUCACAAAGUGCUUUGGCAUGAGCUGCGUAAGAGUUGAAGGUCUGGAUAAACAGGCUCUGAUCCUUGUCUCAAGCCUUGUUUUACUGUGUGCGACUAUUAGUAGCUUGUUAAUAUUGAGAUUUUCUACAUAUCAAAUGUAUAUAAUUGGUUUACUUCUUUUCAAACUGCUAUCUUUAAGGGUGUGUGAUGGGUUUUUAUCAUAUGCAAUGGUGUGUAGUAAUAAUAUGCUGCAUAUCGCUGCUGUCAGAACAAAACCUUGUGUCUUUAUUUUUGUUGUUUAUCGCUGCUGUCAGAACAAAACCUUGUGUCUUCAUUUUUGUUUUUCAA